UGAUUGAGCAUGUCGGAUAUUUAAGACCCUUCCUAUAACCACUAUAAUUAGAAUUCCCGCUAAACUCUGAUAUGUCUCAAGCGGUCGUAGUCCUUUCUCCUUCUUCUGAAACAAAAGCGUUAGAAGCUGUUUUCCGUCUUUUUGAAUCGCCGCAAUUACAAGAACUCGGUGAUGGAUGGAAGCAAGUUUCAGGAAAACUAGUGAGCUCGUUUGCAGACGCGAAAGCAGAAUGUGAUUCUAUUUCUAGUCAAGAAAAACUGGAUUGCAACUGCCUGAAAUAUGAAGCAUAUUCUACUAGCAAAAAGUUGGUUGUUUUUGAUAUGGACUCGACUUUAAUUCAACAAGAAUGCAUUGACGAGAUUGCAGCUGAGGCUGGUAUUCAAAAAGAAGUCUCCACGAUUACAUCUCUUGCAAUGAAUGGCGAGAUUGAUUUUCAGGAAUCUCUUCGUCGUCGUGUAUCCCUUUUAGAGGGACUGAGCGUCGAUGUCAUCGACAAAAUCAUUGCAAAAAUUACGUUCACUCCAGGAGCAAAGGAACUAUGCCGUGUCUUGAAGAAAUUAGGUGCUACACUUGUUGUCGCUAGCGGUGGAUUUAUCCCCAUGGCAAACUAUGUCAAGGAACAACUUAAUUUGGACUAUGCUUAUGCUAAUAUGUUGGAGUACAGUCAUGAUGGAAAGUAUUUGAAUGGCAAGGUACAAGGUGCCAUUGUAGAUGGAAAAAGAAAGGCAGAGAUAUUACGUGAAAAGAAGGCAGAGCUUGGACUGGAAGAAUUUGAAACAAUGGCUGUUGGAGACGGUGCCAAUGAUUUGAUUAUGAUGGGUGAAUCAGGCUUAGGGGUUGCAUACAAUGCCAAACCAAAGGUGCAGCUUAUGGCGUCUUCCAAAAUUAAUCAGACUUCUCUGCAGAAUGUUUUAUAUUUAUUGGGUAUAAACAAGUCUGAACAAGAGCGCUUAUUAGCAUAAGUGUUAAAUUGUAUAUAAAUAUAUAUAAAUACCUACUUUAUCAUACGCUCUGGACGAAGGGUGUUUCCUAUUGAAACCAGGUCAUCCAAUACCUUUGGUUUGUUAGAAUCUAAAUAACAAACUUAUUUCCGAAAUUUUCGCAUUUUGUUUACAUUCUUUGAUAGACUUUUUUGGUUAAUCAUGAAAUUCCGUUUCUCAAACACUGG